AUGUCUCAAGCUAGAUCUCAUGGCAAAAGAAACGACAAAAUUACUCUCGCAGUCCUCAAUAUCGAGAGCCAAACCGCUACAUUGUGGGAAGCUUAUCAAAUCAACGAAAAACUCGAACAACGCAUCACGCUUGUUGGACGUUGGACCUGUUCCUCUUGCAACAGAAAUGCGACUCACGACGACUCGCGACUCACCGACGUAGGGGGAUUAACGGGUCUUGUAGAUGAGUCAGCUGGGGAAAGCGAGCCUCACGAUAUAUCAAAAAUCGCCGAAGAAAGAGUCACGAGUCCUUCAGAUGAGUCACCAGGAACAUACUCAUCUCACGCGAGUCCUGGAGAUGAGUCAUCAGGCACAGACUCAUCUCACAAAGAACUAGGUCUUAUUCCUAAAGUCGUCCGAGUUGAAGUUAAGGCGAUGGCUUUCGGUGUCUUAGAAGCUCCUGUGGACGACCCUAUAGUGAGGCGAAAGGAUUUGACGGGACUCCAUCUCACUUGCACGACGGUCAAGUUUGCCCAACUGGAUUACGAACCGCUAACGAUACCGAAGGAACAGCCAGACGGAAAAAUUUACAUCGAUGGUUUGUACGGCAAAAUCUUCUCUACUCUUCAGCAGAUCGCCAAUUUUACAUACACUUGCCAUAACGUGAAGGACGGUGCUUGGGGUUCUGUGGUGGACGGAAAAUGGACAGGAAUGAUUAAGGAAAUACAUGAAGGAACAGCUGACAUAGCCAUUGCCCCGUUGUCCAUCACACAACUGCGCAGUACAGUUAGCGACUUCCUUUUUGGUUUGGCUGCGUCUGGUUUCAGAAUCGUUGUGAAACGGCCGGCUAACGAGGACUACAUGUGGACUGUAUACACAAAGCAGUUCGAAUCCGAUGUUUGGGGGAUCAUAAUUCUCGUUUCGGCAUCUAUAGUUCUGUGCUUACACUGUGUCUCUCGCUGGUCUUCUGAAGUUCAUAUUUCCCUUCCUGAUUCUGUCUUUAUAGUAACAGGGAUUAUUUUCGGACAAGGCACAACCCAGAGAAUGAGAACUACAGCAGAGAGAACAGUAUUACUCACAGGUCUCCUGCUACAGGUCGUCGCCCUUGGAUUCUACACGAGUAACUUGGUCUCAGCGUUAACGGUCGGGCCACCGAUGCCUCCCUUAAAUGACCUGCAGGACGUGUACAAUCAUCCAUCUCUUACCUUCGGUUUUUUGAAGGGUUCUUCGCUUACGGAUCGGCUUAACUCGCCAAACCCUUUAUACCAAGCAAUAUCAAAACGAAUGAAGGACGAAGACUAUGUUUUAUCUCCUGAAGAAGGAAUGGAGCGAGUGCUGGAGGGUAACUACGCCUUCAUGGAGUGGGAAUUCUUUUACAACUUGAACUACGCAAAUGAGUGUGGGGCGUUCUUGUUGCCCGCGUCCUACUUCCCGGAUUACACGUCCUUCGCGCUGACAAAAGGGUCUCCUUUGGUCCCGGUGAUGAAUGCCAUCGUCAUGGACAUACUCUCAGUUGGACUUAUAAGGAAGUGGUUGCAGGAGUUGAAAGCUGACAACGACUGCGGGAACCGAGAAACGUCAGCUAUAGAGUUAAAGACCGUCCUGACGCCUUUCCUCCUCCUGAGUGUCAGUAUCUUGUUGUCAGCAGGGAUACUGAUGAUUGAAGUUUACCUUAAUGCUAAGAAGCCAUUGAGGAAUGAAGAGUGA